AUGGCCGAGACACCAAGGUCCGAGAGGUCUCAGACGAGAUUCAGCACGCCAGUGUCUGAUCUCGACGAUCACCGCCGCCAGCCUGCGUCCUUGCCGAGGCUCGAAGUAGCUAUGCAAUCGAUACCAGGUACUCGAAGGGGAACAGUCGCUAGUAUUCCACCAAUUGAACGUCCGGACCUACUCCAAGUCAAUGAUGCUCUGGAAACACAUGGGGUUACGUCCCGAGACUUCGAGGCUCGGGACUUCGAAAAUGCAAUCGUGGACGACGAUAGAAGCGGCCAGGGAAUCUAUGUUGGAGAAGAUAGAUACGCUCGACGAGGCUCCGUCGCCAGCCCGACCGCGCGAAGAAACACUUUCCGGCGCCCUCAAGAUGAGCCAGCAGAGAGAGUGCACAAGUCAAGGACUUCUUCUACUUCCUCGCGAUCUAUCUCUCCGCCCAAUUCCGUCGAUGCCUUUGCAGACAACCGCCGCCGGGACCGCGCAGGAACUGUUAAUAGCCGUGCUCCAUCAGAGCUAGACUUGACCCUUCACCGAACUGUUUCUGGAGGAACUCACGUGCGGCGACCCACUAUCAGCGACGAUCGCCCAAAUGACCUGCACACAGACAUUGCGUCUCGUCACAGCUCCGUUGAGGAAGACGUCUGUUUCCCGGUCACCGAGGAUGCUGGUAAGACAACGGACAUUGAUUUCGAGGAGCUUGAAGAAUUCGUUGCAGAGUCUCACGAAAAGACACCCAUCGCACCGCUUCUGCGACAUCAAGGAAGCCAAGGAAAAGACAUGAGCAAGUUAAAGAUUUUCCAGGAUCUUCGCCCAAAAUCAAGCCACAGCCAAAUCCCAAAGAUCACGACCGAGUGCCCCACCCCCAAUGGAAAUGCUUCAGAUGUAGCACUCGACGAGAAGUGUGCGGACCUUGAUGCUGAGUUUGGUGUGCACAAUGCCGCAGUUGCCGAGGCAUCCAGGACUCGCUGGUCUUUUUUCUCUUCGGAAUUGGACGAUACCAUUCACGCAGCUGAACUGGGUGGGCUUCUGAUGCCCGGAGAGCGAUUUCGCGACCUUUUUGAACUCUCCCCUGACGGCGGUGUAUGGUGGCUGGAUAUGGUCAAUCCCACCGAAGAAGAAGUAUUCGCUAUCUGCAAAGCCUUCGGGGUGCAUCCUCUCACACGCGAGGACAUCACGACUCAAGAGACUCGCGAAAAAGUAGAAUUGUUCCAUUACUACUACUUCGUCUGCUUCCGGUCCUUCUAUCAGAUGGAGAAAACAAGCGAGGAAUACCUGGAGCCUGUCAACUUCUACGGCGUUGUCUUCAAGGAAGGAUUGCUGACUUUCACAUUCUGUGAGAGCCCUCACUCUGCGAACGUUCGGAAGCGUAUUGGAAGACUCCGGGACUACGUUUCCCUCAGUUCUGAUUGGAUCUGCUAUGCACUAAUUGACGAUAUUGUUGAUUCCUUUGCUCCCGUCAUUCGAGAUGUGGAACAUGAGACAGACGCCAUUGAAGACCAAGUGUUCACCGCUCGAAUGGAGGACUCUCGCGAGAUUCUGCGUGCCAUUGGCGAGUGCCGCAAGAAAGUGAUGUCGCUCCUCCGCCUCCUGGGCGGAAAGGCCGAUGUCAUAAAGGGAUUCGCAAAGAGGUGCAACGAAAAUUUUAAUGUGGCUCCCCGUGGCGAUGUGGGACUCUAUCUCUCGGAUAUUCAAGAUCACGUUGUAACGAUGAUGUCUAACCUGGGCCACUUCGAGAAGAUGCUAUCGCGAAGCCACAGCAACUAUCUCGCUCAAAUCAGCGUGGAUAAUCUGAUUCAAGGGAACGACGCCAACGCAACGCUCGGGAAGGUUACGCUCAUUGCGACAAUCUUAGUGCCACUCAAUUUGAUCUGUGGUCUUUUCGGCAUGAACGUUCCCGUACCUGGGCAUGACAGUGAUGGUUUUGGUUGGUUCUUCGGCAUCCUGGGUGUUAUUGCUGCGUUUGUCACGGUCCAAUGCCGCAUCUUCAACACAACUUUCAACCCCGACCGCCUACGCUUAGGCACCAAAAUCCUCUCGCAACGCCUCCGCGGACCAGCCGUGGCAUCCUAUUACCCGCCGCGCAUUGGGACGACGCAGGAUCUGCGGAAGCUGUAUCCGGAGUACGAUGUUGUGGAUGAGAAGGAGGAUGAUUGGAUUGAGAAGUUGAAGGUGGCGAAAUUGAAGGGCAAGAGCCCGCCGAAGAAGAAGAGGACGGCUGGAGAGUCGAAGAAGUUUGGGAAGCGGAGGUCGUGA